AUGGAGGAGUCAAACAAAACCUACGCGCCCAUGCGCACGGAAAAGGACUCCAAGUCCAACUCGCCGCUCACGCGGACCUCGUCUCAGCCCGGUGGCAGCCCGCCCCUGUCCGGCCCACUCGCUGGCGAGACGAGUGAGUUCGAGGAACGCCGCACCGACCUCGAGAAGCAGAAGACGGCUCAGGGCAGCGCCCACUUCAACCGUCUCGGCUGGAAGCGCCUCACAAUCGUCCUCAUCGUCGAGGCUAUUGCGCUCGGCAGUCUGAGUCUACCCGCCGCAUUUGCCACCCUCGGCAUGGUCGCCGGUGUCAUCUGCUCCAUCGGUCUCGGUCUUGUCGCCAUCUACACUAGCGACAUUGUCGGCCAGGUCAAGAUCAAGUUCCCCGAGGUCGCCCAUUAUGCCGACGCUGGUCGCCUGCUCAUGGGCCGUUUUGGUUACGAGCUCGUCGGUAUCAUGUUUGUGCUGCAGCUGACCUUUCUCGUCGGCUCGCACUGCCUGACGGGAACCAUCGCCUUCGGAAACAUUACCAACAACGGCGCGUGUUCCGUCGUCUUCGGUGUCGUCUCGGCCAUCAUCCUGCUCCUCGUUGCCAUCCCGCCCUCCUUUGCCGAGGUGGCGAUCCUGGGCUACAUUGACUUCGUCUCUAUCCUGGCCGCCAUCGGCAUCACCAUCAUCGCGACGGGCAUCCACGCCGGCAAGAUUGGCUUCGAGAACGUCAACUGGUCUGCCUGGCCCAAGGAGAACGUCACCUUUGCCGAGGCCUUUAUCGCCAUCACCAACAUCGUCUUCGCUUACAGCUUCUCCAUGUGCCAGUUCUCCUUCAUGGACGAAAUGCACACGCCGCGCGACUACGUCAAGUCCAUCUGGGCCCUGGGCAUCAUUGAGAUUGCCAUCUACACCCUCACCGGCGCCCUCGUCUACGCCUUUGUCGGCGUCGACGUCAAGUCGCCCUCGCUGCUCUCGGCCGGCGAGACGGUUUCCAAGAUUGCCUUUGGCGUCGGCCUUCCCGUCAUCUUCAUCUCGGGAUCCAUCAACACCACCGUCGUCGGCCGCUACAUCCACGGACGAAUGUACCGCGACUCGAUCACGCGCUUCAUCAACACGACUAAGGGCUGGGUUACGUGGCUGGCCGUCAUCACCGCCAUCACCAUCGCCGCCUUCAUCAUCGCCGAGGUCAUCCCCUUCUUCUCCGACCUGCUGUCCAUCUCCUCGUCGCUCUUCGUUUCGGGCUUCACCUUUUACCUGCCGGCCAUGAUGUGGUUCAAGCUGCUGAAGAAGGGCUCGUGGCACUCGCGCGAGAACAUUGUCAAGAGCAUUGCCAACGGCACCUGCUUCGUCAUUGGCAUCGUCGUGCUGGUCUGCGGAACGUACGCCAGCGUCGACGACAUUAUCCUGCAGUUCAAGAACGGGACCACCAAGGGCGUCUUCUCAUGCGCGCCUGUGGGUUAG